AUGUCGCAGUACGAGUUGGGCAACCUAUCUUCCCAGCAGAAUCUCACCGCAACCCAUCAUGGGGUCGAUGUACAAACCAACACAUCCUCAUCUACUAGAGCUGAUGGGUUCUUCAAAACAUUCUUGAGGACAAUCGGUCUCAAAGUUGUCACAUUCUUUAAUCGGGAGGAGAAGCCCAAAGUCCUCAUCAAGAAAUCGCGUCCCGUUGCGAUAGCGCGCUGCGCGGUUCAUGUGAUACCUGCGCUGCUUACUAUUGGACUCAGCGCGGUAAACUUUGUCGGUUUCUUCAUCGGAGGAGAGCUGCAAGGCAAACAGAAUGACGACUCUUUCAAACUAGGUCUACUCCAGAUCGCAACAAAAGUACAGGAGCUUCUGAUCGUGGCAAGCAUUGGGACUAUUAUUUUCCACUGCCUACGCUCCGAGGUUAUGUUUGGUCCUGGACUGCCUCUUGGUCUCCUCGUUUCUGGGUACUCGUUCUCAUCCAUAUCGUAUGUUGAAAUGUACCCUAGUAUGGCCCUUGACUAA